AAACCUAGAGGGCUGAAGAUCUGGGGGAAAAUGGAGAACAUCAGGAGACACAUGAGGAAGACGCAGAACAAGGACACAUGAGGGCGCUAGAAGACACAAAACGAGAACCUAGAGAGGGAUGGAGAACACAAGGAGACACACGAGGGGAGACGCAGACUCAGACCAUGACAAUACCCUGCAGCAACAAGCACCAAUAAAACUAUCCCUCCCUGCUAACAACACCCCCCAUAUAAAACAAGCAGCACACUUAGCUUUACAGUCCGCUCGACCCCCUCCCGGGGUCAAAGCUCCAGCGCCGUCCAACGCCCCGGGAUCUAACGUCGUUGGCGGCGGUUGAAUCCUCCGGCCUGGUGACCACCGGUCGGUAAGCCCUGGCUGACUACAGGAGGCGGCUGACCUCCCCUCCUCCCACAGGAACGCCUCACCUCUCGCUGGCUGCCUUCGUCGCCGGCAGCCCUAAACAGCUGUGAUCGACACCCACCCCCCGUCACCAGGGCUCCGCGUCCGCUCACGCAGUCCGACUGUUCUCCCAACCACGAGCCCUCUCCUCCCCGGUCUCUUCAGCUCUUCCCGUGUCCUCAUCAGUGCAGUAAUUCCUCACACCUGGCCCCCGUAGGUUAACUCCGCCCUCUUCACACCACAGCACUUUUUAAAAGUGGGUGUACCCUUUUAUGCUGAGCACUGUACAAUAAGCCUCCCAACAACCUCAUUGAUGCUGCUUCACAACACCUGUCUAAGCUUCACUCAGACUAGCCGUUGACUCAUCAGUCCUCUGAAACGUGAUCCAUUUCCACAAACUAUCCACACAACAGGACGUCAUUAUUCGUAACAUUUACACAGAAACGUGCUACGAAAUUCCCCCAAAGCUCAGGUCAAAGUUAAUGGGUAAGAUUUCACUGCGAUCAGAAAUCACAAAUUAGGUCAAAAUGAAUAAAAUCAACUUUAAUUCAUCGAAUAAUUGUGUGAUGUUUUAUAGGGAAGUCCAAUAUCGGCAUUAAAAUGUAGCAUCGGAGGUGACUGGAAUCUGCUUUUUCCCUUUUAACGACACAUCCUUUACGUAGCACGCACACGUUAUACGUCAAACUCUUCCGCUACUUCGUCUCACCUUCAAAAUGUCAAAAUAUGACGGAUCUGAGGUCAAGUUUUUGUUUUGAAAUAGAAAUGCAGCUGUGUUGUUAUUAAGAGUUGAAAUGUAAAAUAAAACUAGUUUAAGAGGUAAAACCGGAGCGAGAUCAUCCACAGGAACAAAAAUGUGACUUUUUUGUGUUCAGUUCAGAACUGCUACCAGUUUAUGGAUCUACCACCAGAUCCUGCUGCUCUAGUCCCAGAUGGAUCAGGAACCUGGACCUGUCCCAGACUAGAACAGACUUGUUAGACCUGAUCAUCAGCGCGACGUCUUUGUGCCGGUGGGCGGUGACCUUGGCGGGGAAACCGCCGUGAGGAUGGCCUCCAUGAUGGCGGCACAGUUUAAGCUGCUGCUCUCUUGGGUCCUCGUGCUCAGACAGGCUCUCACGGUGCUCCGGUUUUUCCGGUGACCACCCGUCUGGGUUUUGCUUUUGUAUUCUGUUCUUUUUGGUUCCUCCAAUAGAAAUUCCUCAUUGCAAGUUUCAGAAAUCACCUGACCUCUGCUCUCUGCAGCCCAGAACCCUCAGCGGUGGAUUUUCCACAUCACCGAGACUAGUUCGCCCACUUCCUGUUUCGGCUGCAAGCUGCCAGGAACCAAAGUUGCGGCCAUGAUUUCAUGUCAACCCAAACGUGUUACACGUUUAUAUCUGGACGCCUCGCUCGUGUGCAGAUAUAUUUCUGCCCCAGCCACCGGGACUCACGUGAUUCACUGUUUUGGGACUUCCUCAGUUUUGCAGACACACUCUGCUUUUUGCGUUCACGGACAAGAACGUGUGUUGCUUCAGAGAGGAAUGCUGUUGGUUUGCACAGCAAUGACCAGUUUGUUGCCAGUGUUCCCAUUAGGUCGGUUUCACAAACGACGGCACCAAUGGGACAAACGUGCUGACUGAGAUUAAUUACAGGAAUCACAAAUUUUCUGAAAAUGUCCAAAUCACGUAGAGACCUUGGAGGACAACGUCCAGAUGCCAGGGUCCCACAGUGGAUGGUCACAUGCAGGCGUAGCCGAGCUGCUGUGUGCUCUCAGCUGUUGCACAACGCUCCACACACUCGCGGCAGGUCUUCUAUAAAUGAGCGUGAGACAACAACAUGUGCACAUUUGAAGGCUGAAGUUCACCGUCAGGAUGGAUGGAGGCUUCUGGAAGGGGACGCUGGUGCUGUUGGUCUGCACCUACACUGCUGAAGCCUCACUUUCCCUCCACAUGGACGACUUCAUUAAGGCUGUGAAGCGGGUGGAGGCUCAGGACCCCGGAUCGAAGCCGGUAGCUGUGCUGAAACGGCUACGCAGAGCCGCCGGCCUCAACAACGCGUUCAUUCAACACUUCCUCUCUGACGCCGCCACCAGUGGUCCUGAACUGGAAGCUAACCUCUCAGCUUACGUUCACAAGGCUGUGCAUCACAGCGUGCAGGAAGACGCCAGAGAAGAAGGAGUGGUUCUGACUUCUGAUGGUACCACUGUUGCCCUCAGGCCACUCCUCCUGGGUCUUGAAGCUGGGUUCCUGUCCAAGACUCGAGGACAAGCCAGAGGCCUCUACCACCUGACUCUGGCCAAAGACCUGGGCCUUUCCUUAAGGCGGCGCUCCAACAGACAGCACUUUGAUGCCGAUGGCUGCUGGGACAACCUAACCUCUCCUCGGGUGUUCACCCUCUCAGCCAAACCAUCGCUGCUAACUACAGCUCUGGUUAACGGAGGCAUGGAUGGUGUGGUACUGGGGAUGGAGGUGUCUGGCAAAGCAAGACAACAUCUCAAGCUCAGCAGUCUGCUGACGGAGUACUACAACCACCAGCUGAACAGCGAGGGACUGGACAGCGCCCCUCGUCUCAUCAGCCGACGACGCAGGGAGAACUUUAAAGGCCUCACUCUUCCUCCAGCGCUGGCCAGAUGGGUGGUGAAGUCCGUUGAGUUGGAGCAGCAACUAGGAGGAAACCCGUCAGGCGAGACAAAGAAGCAGCUCAGAGCGCUGGUGCGGAACAGACUGAAGGCGUUUUUCCACACGGUCACUGGCUGCCCUCCCAUCAUCCCUCGGUGUAUGUGGGGUGCAGAGCCGUACAGAGGAACGCCCACUCGCCUGACUCUGCCGCUGUCCUUCAUGUACAUCCAUCACACCCACUCCCCGAGCGAGCCUUGCCUGACGUUCCAGCAGUGUUCUGCAGACAUGCGCUCCAUGCAGCGCUUCCACCAGGAAGACAGAGGCUGGGACGACAUCGGGUACAGCUUCGUCGCCGGCUCUGACGGGUACAUCUACGAAGGCCGAGGGUGGCACUGGCAAGGAGCCCACACCCUGGGACACAACUCCAAAGGUUACGGCGUUUCCUUCAUCGGGGACUACACCGCUCGUCUGCCAUCUCAGCACGCCAUGAGGCUGGUGAGAGACCAGCUGGCGGCCUGCGCUGUAGGUGGUGGUCGACUGACGUCCUCCUUCACUGUGCAGGGACACAGACAGGUGGUGAGCACAUCCUGUCCUGGAGACACCUUCUACGAGGAGAUCAGAGGCUGGGAACGCUUUGGGGAAGUGAAGAAAUGAAAAGCUUCUACCCGACGAGGAGAACAGCUGGUUAAACAUUUCAAAUAAAACCUCUGAGGCCUGUU